AUGAAAUAAAAUAAUUAUAUUCGACAUGGUUGCACUUAAAUACCAACUCUCUAUCAAUCACUAACUUACUUACUUUACCUUCCAAAUAUGAUAAACUGUUUCCUACUAAUAUCUCUACUUGAUGAAUCUGUAAAUGUGUUAUUUAAUAUAUAGGCUGCGCAUUUUAUACUACUAGGAAUUUUAACUUUACUAUCUUUGUUCUCUUGUAUUAAAACUACACUUAGUUGUCCAACCGAUGAUUUUUUAAUAUAGCAAAUACAACAUCGUAGAAUUGGGUAUGGUUAUGCAAUUAUAUAGAAAACCUUUCAAUUAUGAAAGUUAUAAAUUAGAUUCAUAUUGUGACAUUUGCGAUGCUUAUGUGAAAGAAAAUACAAAGCAUUGCAAACAUUGUAAUAGGUUGUUCCAAUUUAUUAUUUUAGAUGUUGUCAAGAGUUUGAUCAUCAUUGUAAAUGGGUUAAUAAUUGUAUUGGGAAUAAAAAUUAUAAAAUUUUUAUAAUGAUGAUAACGACAACCAUGCUCCAACUUUUUUACACAGCUAUCGUUUAUAUUAGAAUUAUAAGAUUAUAUAAUACUGAGCAUGAAAAACUAUUAAUAGACAAUGAAAUUCAAAAGUUUGUAACAAAUUUCAUUUUAGUUUAAGCAUUUUUAUGAUGAAAACGAUUUAGAUAUCAAAUACACACUCUCAAUAAUUAUGCUUGUGGAUUCCUCUAUUUUUUCUAUUUUACUUCUCUAAUUAUUCAUUUUCCAUAUUUAUCUUAUAAUCAAAGGAAUCACCACUUAUGAAUUCAUAGUGAAAUCUGAUAUCAAAAAAAUAAAACCAUAAAAUAAUGUUCUCAAUGUUAAACCUGAAGUAUUACUAAAUGGAGUUACAUAAAAAAGUUCAAAUUCACAGAUGGAGAAUAAAAAUACGAUGUACUUGUUGAAGGGUUAAUUUUUAGAUUCGAGUUAAAUUGUAGUGAAUAGUAAUUGGCCUAAGAACCCUAAGAAUCUUAAGAAAAAUAGAAUAAUUAAACAAAUGUUGUUUUCAAUAAUUAGGUCUUGGCAUGA